AUGACAAAUAUUAAAAAAAUAGCAAUUGUUGGAGGAGGACCCGUUGGUGCUCUUUCGGCUCUUUUUUUUGGAAAGGAUGGAUGGGAAGUAGAAUUAUAUGAGCGAAGAUGUGAUAUAAGAAAUUCAGUAAAUGACAGCCUUUCUGUUCGAAAAUCUAUAAAUCUUGCGUUAUCAGAACGAGGAAUUGAAUCUUUACGCCAUAUUGGCCUUGAUAAAGUUAUUUUGGAAAAUACUAUCCCUAUGUAUGGAAGGAUGAUUCACAGUACAGAAGGGAAACAAAUGAGUCGAAGAUAUGAUGUAUAUGGAAGAUAUAUUAACUCUAUUGAUCGUAAAUGGCUUACAGCAAAAUUACUUGAUGAGGCUGAAAAACUUUCUAAUGUUAAAUUAUUUUUUGACUGUAAAGUUGUGGAUUGUGAUUUUGAUACAGGAACAGUUUGGUUUAGAAGAAACCAUGAUGUAAAUAAUUUAAUUAAAACUAAUGUAGACCUUAUUAUUGGAUGCGAUGGAGUUUAUUCCACUGUUAGGCAAUCUUUAGAAAAGAAAAUAAUGGUUGAUUUUGAAAAAAAAUAUAUUGAUAGUAUGUGGUGUGAAUUUAGUAUACCAGCUCUUAUCAAAGAUGAGGCAAUGCAUUAUGCUAUUGAACCCAAUUAUCUUCAUAUAUGGCCACGUAAAACAUUCAUGUUUAUUGCGCUUCCAAAUACAAACAAAACUUUUACUUGUACACUAUUUAUGCCUAAAACUAUGUUUGAGAAAAUAGAAACAGAAUAUGAUCUUCUAGAAUUAUUUAGCCAAAAUUUUCCUGAUCUUAUAAAUCUUAUAGGUCAUAAUGAGCUUGUAAAGCAAUUUUUUAUGAAUCCUAAAUCCCCUCUUCUAACAAUAAAGUGUAAACCUCAUUUCUAUAAGUCAAAAUGCGUUAUUAUUGGCGAUGCAUCACAUUGUAUGGUUCCAUUUUAUGGACAAGGAAUGAAUUGUGGCUUUGAAGAUGUUAGAUUGCUUUAUCAACUUAUAAAUUUGAAUUCUACAAACCUAGAAAAAGCUUUGAUAAAUUAUUCAAGCACAAGAUAUGUCGAUGUUGUUGCUAUGUGUGACUUGGCACUGCAUAAUUGGGAAGAUAUGAGAUCAUCUAUCUCUCAAGGAUAUGCAAUAAAAAAAAUCAUUGAAGAUUUCUUAUAUUUACGAUUUCCACUUCUUGGAAUUGUUCCUUUAUAUACAAUGAUUAGUUUUUCUAAUAUUCGCUAUUCUCUAGCACUUGAAAAAUGGAAAAGGCAAAGGAAAAUAUUAGAUUUUUUAAUAUAUACGGGCGGAAUUGGAACAUUCGGGGGUAUAAUGUAUCUUGUUACACGAAUUAUUUUUAAAGGCAUGAAGUUUCUAGCUAAUUAA